GCUAGCUUAGGAAUUAGACUGUGUAAAUUGAGUGUUUCAAUAAUUAUUUCAACAUAAUAAAUUUGUAUUGUAUAACCUUCGAUUUGAACUUUGUCAUCCAUCAAUCAAAUAAUGGCAAGAAUUUACAGCAUCAUCACCUUCAUUUUAAUAGCUCUCACAACAAUCUCAACAUCCUUUGAUUUGAACUGCAGAUUUGAAUACACAAACGGAUAUGCAGUCAUAGGUAGAGUCUACAUCUGCAUUAGCUCUGGAAUUAACAUGCCAACCCCAGAAUCAGCACGAUUUAAUAGAAUGAUUGGAACUCAUCAAGGUCAGCAGUCGAAUGGUCUUGUUGAUGGAUUUCAUGCAAAUCGUCAAAUUAUCAGCUAUUUCCCACAAGGACUCGAUUGGUUCUUCCCAAACCUUAUAUCACUUUCUGUUAUGAGGUGUGGAAUGAAGGAAAUUCAUCAAUCUGACUUAAAGCCAUUUCCAGGUCUACGUAGCCUCAACAUGUAUGACAAUAAACUUCAAGUUCUUGAGCAAGGUCUUAUGGACUACAAUCCGAAUUUAGAAGUUGUUGGAUUCCAUGGCAACAGACUCGUCCACAUCGAUCCUAAUGUUUUUGAUAAUUUGAAUAAAAUGACUGAUUUGUACGUUGAAGGAGUUCCAUGUAUUGAUAAAAAUACAGACACAAGAGAUGAAACGCUUGCAUGUGUAAAUAUUAUGAAGACUCAAUGUGUUGAUCCUGAAUUUGUAGAUAUGAAUAAGCAGGUCAAAAAUCUCAUAAAUGAGUCAGAAAUUUUAAGUCCUGAGGAAUUUAUUGAAAAAGCAGACAUGAUGGAAAAUGUUGUUGCUGACUACGAAUUUUCAAAUUUCCGACCAUUGAGUGACAGUAUUAAGAACCUUAGAAGCCUCAAAAUGGACAUUCCAACUUCUGAACCGAUCGAGAAUGUUCCAGAAGAUCCGAUGCAUUUAGACAGUCCAGAUUCAGCAACUCAAGCUACGAUUUCGUCAACAGAAGCACCGAUAUCAUCAAGUGAAGCGUCAACAUCCACAACUGAAGCGUCAACAUCCACAACUGAAGCUACAACUUCCACAACUGAAGCUACAACGACCACAACUGAAGCUACAACAACCACAAGUGAAGCCAUAACAUCUACAACUGAAGCCACAACAUCGACAACCGAGUCUGCAAUAUCAACGACCGAAGCUGCAACGUCCACGACUGAAUCUCCUUUGUCUUCAACUGAAGCUACAACUUCUGCAUCCCCAGAAACAACUUCAACCACUGAAGUUCCAUUAGUUACGACUGAAGCUACAACUUCGACUACUGAAGCUACAACAUUGUCGACUGAAGGUGUAACUUCCACAACUGAAGCUGCAACUUCCACAACUGAAACUACAACUACAACUGAAACUCCGAUAUCAUCUACUAAAGCUCCAAAAUCAUCACCAGAGUCUCCAGAUGACCCCAAAAAUGACCAGGAACCACUCAUUGACAAAAAAUUUGAGAAACUCACUGAUGAAAUUAAUGAUUUAGUAACUGACACUCUGGCUAAUGUUAAUAACCUAAAAAUGAUUCAAGAUGCCACAGACGAAUCUAUCAAGGAACUAAAAGCAGCACAGGAUGCUACAAAAUCAUACGUAGAGUCAAUUGAAGAAAAAGUUAAGGCAAUUGAGACUCAAGUGCAAGAAAGAUUUUCAGAUUUGGAUAAGAAAUUAGACAGCAUCUUAAGAGCAUUGAGAAUUGGAGAAUAAAAUUUGAUAUUUUUGUGGUGCUGGGUUUGGGUUUGGUGGAAGGUUUAUGUUCUAAGACACAUCAAUGAUUUAUAUUUCAGAAUAAAAAUAAAAUAGGCUUUUUAUUUCAACUUCU